AUGCAUGUCGCAACACUUUGUGUAGUAUAUCAUUUGCUAAUCAUCGGACAGGUUUGCAUAUCUUUGGUUUUCUGCACUGGCAAAGCUUAUUACCGAAGUGAAGCAGAUUCGUAUGCUGAUGAAGAGAAGGCGACAUUAGUAGUCGAUAACGUAUGCCGAAAAUAUGGGUGCCUUUGUGAAAAUAAUACGAUAACAUGCAUUAAUGUGGAACCUGAUAAAUUUAACCAACAUAUUCUCAAACUCAUGGAUGCUCACAGUAUUUCAUUCACUAAAUGCUCUCAGAAGCGUCUGAAUCUGCAUAUGUUCGAAAAUUUUACUUCAGUGCGCAGCAUUGCAAUUCAUGAUUGUAAUAUACAACAACUUUUUCCGUCUACUUUGGAUUCACUGCAAAGUUUGAAUGUUUUGAAUUUGAGCCGCAAUUAUUUAUGGAAUUGGGAUGAAAUUUGUCUAGUCUUGAAUCAGCUAUCGUCGUUACAGACAGUUGAUUUAUCGCAUAACUGGUUCUCCAAGUUAUCUCACACUGGUCAGUGUGUACUCAACAAACUGCAGCACCUCAAUUUAUCGUUCAAUCAAGUUUCGGAGUUGACUAUAGUGCCAAAUGCAAUAUUGCUGGAUCUUUCUUCCAAUGGAUUAACUCGAAUUUAUGGUGAAUGGCCACUCUCGUUAGAAGAUUUAGAUUUAUCGAAUAAUCCUGUAGAACAAUUUCCCUCACUUUCGUUAGCCCCUCAAUUAUCUGAUUUGAAUAUGGACAAUUGUGGAUUAACAGUUUUGCCGUUAUCCAUUUCACCGAAUUUGCAACAUUUGUCACUGCAAUAUAACAGAUUAACUUUUAUUGAUUUCGAUUCAGUUAACUUACCUUCACUGCAUAAGUUGGAUUUGAGGAACAGCUUUCAACUAUACAGCAUUACUGGUAUGCUACCAAUGAGAGUGAGGGAUUUUCGCUUGACAAAUUCACCAAUGAGAUAUCUGCCAUCAGAUUUCUUCUUAAGAGCAAAAAACCUUCAUUUUACUGAGAUGAUGCCAAAUAAUUGGAGCUGUGAUAAUUGUCUUAGUAAGUGGGCGAAAAUGCUACCUGUCAAGUUGCGGCCAGAUAUGGACUGUGCAGAUAAUUUGCCUGAUAACUGCUCCAUAGGUAUUUCAAAGCGAGUUGAGCGAGGUGCUAAAUAUAUUUUAAGAGUUCCUUAUGCAGAAUCAGCAAUUUUGCCAUGUGAUGCGUAUGGUGAGCUACCACUGUUUAUUAAUUGGUGGUUAGUUAGACCCAAAAUAUUGAUUGGAAGUUAUAAUUUUGAGAAUCAAAUUAUUGUAAUGAACUGGACUCGGAAUGGUGCAUAUAAAAUUAUUCCUGGUGGACUCCUUCUUAUCAAUGUUGCUAGAAAAGAAUUGGUUGAGCGAUAUAGAUGUGAUGUGUCGAAUUCAAAAGGAAAUGCUUCACAAAUAAUACACUUCCGUUUGGAUUAUUCAAGUUGGUUCCAUUUGGAGAUGGUGAAAUCAGUGUUUUGGGGAAGCAUUCUGGCUGCAAUGAUUACUUGUGGUAUUACUUUCAUCUUCAAUUUAUUUUGGAUUACUUGUCGACAAAUUGGUUUAUGGUGGAUAAAAAGAAUUGAUCGAAAUUCACAUGUUCGUGAAAUGGUCGCUGCUGUAGAAAGAUAUCGACAACGACAGAUGUCUACGCUUUCUGAUACAUAUCAUAAGAAAUUGGAACAAAUACGAGACAAUUAUCGCCAACAGGUUGACCAGCUAUGCUCUUCCUAUACGUCACAGUCAGAGAAAUUUCGUGAUUAUCGAGCAGCACAAAUGGAAAGCAUGAAUCAGCAUUUGGAAAAUAUACGUGACAAUUACAGUCAGCAGAUGUGUAAACUGCGGGAUUACGGUUCGAAACGAGUUGAACAGCUUUGGGAAGGCUAUGAGCGUCAAGUAAAUCGUCUCAGAAUGUUCUCUUUGCACCAACGUUUGGGUUUGAUGCGUAAAUACAAAGUGAAGCAGCAAUAUUUGAAUAAGCUUGUGGCAAAAUUUGCUGAUAAUCCUUCUCAAUCAUUCAUGAAACCACAUCCAGAAGUUAUCUUGACGGAUUCAGUGCGUCAUUUAGAAAUCCAAACGCAGCGACGAAUUGGGUCGUUCCAUUCCCUUCCGGAAUAUAUAUUACGCGAGGAUGACAUUUCAGGAACUUUACGUUCCGAAAUCCAGGAGUUUCGUGGUCAAAAAUUAUUUAUGUUGGAUGUUUGUGAUGUUAAUCACGAUGUACCUUGCUGUUCGAAUCAAAUUCAGGUGGGUAGAAGAAGAUCAGACAUGUCGGAGGUAACGAUACUUCGUCAGCGAUAUUCGCUAUCAAAUGUGGAUAGUGAGAAAGACUGCGAGACUCUGAACCUCAGUGAUGAAAGUGAACUUUUGCAUAAUGAUGGCAGCACUCUUUUCAAAUAA